AUGACACAGACUCAAGUGACUACAUUAGAAGAAGUGUGUCCGAGGUGUAGGACCAGCAACUAUCAGAACAAAUCUCUGAAACUCCUAGUUAACGAGUGCGGACAUGAUCUCUGUGACAAGUGUGUGGAACAUCUCUUUAUCAGAGGCUCCGCUCCCUGCCCGGGCUGCAAGCUAAUCUUGAAGAAAAAUGGGUUUAAGACUAAAAGAUUUGAAGAUUUUAGUGUGGAGCGUGAGGUUGAUGUCAGGAAGCGUAUCCUGAAAGUCUAUAACAAAACAGAGGAUGAUUUUCCUUCUUUGAGAGAGUUUAAUGAUUAUCUUGAAGAUAUUGAAGAAAUUGUAUUUAACUUUGCCAACACCGUUGAUGUUGAAGAAACUACAGCCAAAGUUGAAGCUUACAAGAAAGAUAACUUCAAGAUAAUACAAAAGAACAGGGUUGCUCAGAGUCGACAAGAAGCAUACCUCAAAGAGAAAACGCUUGCGGAGGAAAAGGAAUCAGAAGAACGUCGAGCUCAUGAACAAGAGUGUGAGAUGAUGGAGGAAAUGGAGCGUGUAGAACGGAAGAAGAAACUCCUAGAUCAGAUAGCCAGCUCAGAUCGCCCAGCUGAUGAGAUCUUGUUGCUCCACAAAGAGGAGGAGGAAACUGUGAUCAACAAGAGAUCCCUUCACUCCAUGUCUGCGUAUAACAGCGGCUUCAGUAUUGCCAUGAUAAACAGUGCUAAACCUAUCACCGACACCAAGGUCUUUAUCUACAAGUAUGAAGAUGGUAUGGGUGAUAAUUGUGGUCCUAAGACUUCAGAGGAAACCAUCCAGGAAUAUGCGGAGGAUGUGGUUGUCAGUGAUGUGGCCCUGGCGGGCGGGUUUUUAAGGGAUUAUGUUGUACAUAGACCUGUUGAUGAUGCCUACUCGGGACUUUUAAUUUUCCACUAAUAAAGUAUUUUGAUGAUAGUCAUUUCUAGGUA